GUAAACAAAGCGUUGUCAAAAUAAGUGCACGUCCGCGAUGUGCCGCGAGCGACAUCGGUUGGUUUCGAUUCUCGAGGUGCCGCCCUUUUGAAUCGGGGAAAGUGGUUUCGCCGCGACCGGGCGCCCUAACCUCACUUUUCGCCCCGGUCAAUCAAAAGAACGUCCUGAAAAAUGCAGGACUACGAUUCGGUCGAGUCCCUAUCCUCGUCCCCCGUGGAAAGUGAGGACCCCCAAUUUAGGGUUCUUUCCCCGGAGCCCCCGCGCCCCUGUCCGGUGCAGCCCCUCGUUUUAGAUGUACCCUCUCGAGUCGAUUCUCCGCCCCUGUCGCCGCAGUUUGAUUCCUUGCGUGAGGACCCCCGGAUUAAUUGCGUGGCCCCCCAACCGUUGCGGCCCCCCUUUGUGUUCGAGGAUGAGUUCCAGCCCCACUUGAACGAGCUCGAUGCGUUGCUAGCGGAUUUGCAGAACACGGUGACGGCGCCGGGCUCGAACCACGGACCCCGAGAGAGGAACCUGAGGUCGAAUGACUAUGCGACCGUGAACAGUCACGCUGACCAGAAUAACAAAAAAGUUCAACGAUCCAGCUCCUUCAACAACGCACAACCUCAGUCGGUGAGUACCACACGUUUCCCUUUAUUUUUGAUCGACUGGAAAAAAAAAAAGUUUUACUACACAUUUCUUAAUUUCCAGAGCAGAUUAAAUCGAGUAGUUUUAAUAAAAAUCUAA